GUGGUGUGUGACGUGUCGGCCGUGUCGGGUCGUGUGAUGAGUACGAGCGCGUGUUUAUGUUGAUUGUUGUGAUGAUGACGAUGAUGUUCAAUGGGCUGGUGUGUGUGGAUUCAGACAAUAGUGACUUUACUAAAGACAGCGGCGGCGGGUCGAGCUGCGCGGGCGCGGGCGCGGGCGCCAGCGAGCGCUACUACCGCGACAAGCUCAUCGCCACGCUACAGAUUUUGGAGAACAAGGAGGAGACGAUACGUGUGCAGGGCUCAAGCCUGUGCGUGGCGGAGGGCCGCAUCGCCGAGUUGACCAGGCGCGCCACCGAACUACGGCGGGAGUUGGACCACAAGGCGCAAGAGCUGGCCGAGCUGCGGCAGUGCGCAGAGAGCUGCCGGGUCGACAAGAGCGACGUCUGCAUCAGCACCGACAUUAAGGAAGUGGAAGGGCAGAGGCGGCUGGUGCAGACCCUGGAGGACAACCUGGCGGUCGUCUCCGACCUCUACCGCGAGUGCUUUUACGAAGCGGCCAAGCAGGAAGAGCUGAUUGACAUGCUCAGGAAGUCGUAUUUGGAGGUCCGGUUGAUGGAGAGGGCCAAGACGGACAAAAUCACGAAGCUACACAAUAUCAUCAACACGCAGAAGAGGUCCAUCGAACAAUGCCAGGACGUGGUGUUGGAGGUGGAGAGCUUAAAGUCAGAGAUCUCCAGCUUUUUGAACAGCUCCAACAACGAUUCGGGCAUGUGGGAGCGCGGGUCCGAGGGCCCCGACGUGGGCGAGGAGCUCGCCGACAUCCUGGACCAGCUGCGCCAGCUGCAGCACAUGCUCACUAGUGAUUGUACGUGCGGUCUACAGGAGGAAAACUCGUCGUUGAAAGAAAGAAACAGAACUUUAGAGGAUGAACUAGCGCAAGUUAUGCAAAGAAAUAAAGAUCUCGAUGAGUGCUUGCGGUAUAAACUAAGUCAGCAGUAUGAAAAACAAUUGAAAGAAAAGGAACGAGAGACUGAGGAAGCGGUGAACAAGUUGGCCGAAUUGGAAAAUACUUGUAGACAACGAGGCGAAGCUUGCGAGACCCUCAAGAGGCAGUUACAACAGGCACAAGUGUUGCUGGAGGAUAAGACGGCGGAGCUGGUGGAGGCGCAGGCGACGAGCGCCGCGAAGGACGCCACCAUCAGGUGCCUCCAACAAAAGCUGGAGCACUCGGAGCAGCUUGUCCAAGAGGGAUUGAAUAAAUUAUCGGAAGUAAGUCAGUCGCGGUCGGAUAUGUUGAAGAGUCAGGCCAGGAUCUGCGAGCUGGAGCACCGGCUGAAGCUGUCCACGCGGCGCUGCAGGGAGCUGGAGGCCGGGUGCAGAGAGCAACAGCGCGCAACGUCAAAACUACAAGCGUGUCUAGAUGAGGCGCAAGCUAGAGGAGCGAGGCUAUGUGACGAGUCGCGGCGCGUGACUGCCGGCGUCCGACAGUGGAUGAGGGAGAAGAAACAACAGACCAGAGAACAACGAGACAAAAUUAAAUUGCAGAAAUUAAAAAUUCGGGAAUUGGAACGUUGUGCUCGAAUGCGACAAAACAACGAUUUCACGAGCCAGAGUGAGACAGAACCAAGUUGCAGCGUAUCGCCAUGUGAAAGCGAGCUGUAUCGCCGCAGACUCAAACACAUGUGUGCGAGCGAGAUAAUCUCGCCUGGCGUCUCUUUAGCGUGUGUAGGGCGGGAGGACGAGACUGCUAGUUGUUCCAAGUGCGUGUCGAAUAGACAGCAGGAGAGUGAAAGCGAGAUGGCAAGCUGUUCCCGAGCUCCCGUGCCGCCGACAAGAAAGAAGAGGCAGCAGUCUCGCAAUGACCUUAACUGUCUUACCUCAAGACCAUCACGCGUCCGCUUCGAGCCGUGCAGCCACCCGGACAUCCGAUGGACCCGCCUGUACAGUCGACUCCCACGGCAGCUGUCGAGCGGACACGUGGAGUACAGUCACCCGCGACAAGCGUCUACUGGCCCGGCGGAGUACAGGCGGCCGCGGCAGGUGACGACGGACGAGGUGCUGGAGCGAGUAGAGCACUUGCAUACCGCGUUGGUGGACGGGCAGAGGCGCUGGGGCAGGCAUGGACGGUGAUAGAUUUCUUUUAUUUUAUGUUAUAAAUAAUACUACCCUGAUACCGUUCCAAAAAUGAAGGUACUCCUCGGCUUCUCAUUGUAUUAACCUUUUCGACGCCAUGUCAAACACAAAAGCUGUCACUCUGACGCCACGUCACCGAAAUGUCAAACCGGAAGUUGAACCUUAUGCAUAUGCACGUAGGUCUAUGUUGCUCUGUGGUCAGUGACGGAUUAAACCGUCGUCGGCUUUGGACCUACGGUGCGGAUAUAUCCGUCAUGGCGUCUGCACUGGGCAGGCAUUGACGGUGAUUAUAAAUAUUAAAUGGGUUAACACACAAUCUAGAAGUGUACAAGGUCGCCCUUUAGAAGGAGAUAAAUGUUCCAACACCUAAAACAGUGGAUACCGUUCGAGGAAUGAGCCCUAGAAUAGGCUUCAGCAUUUUUAACUUUAAAGUUAAAAGCAAAUGGUGUAAUUUUUUAUUGGAAUCGUGACCAACGUUACCAUUAUGAUAAUGUACCAACCUACAGUUACCGAUAUUGUAUAUAUUGUACAAGACUUAACUUUUCGGAUGCAUUUAUUUUUAGCACUUACUAUUUACUUGCGGUUGAUAUGAUAUAUUUAUUGUCUCCACAUCUUUACCCUCCACACGUAGAAGAUUUCUUUAGUGGUCAUCAUUUGACACGACGGAUGGUUCAGGUGGUAUUUAAUAAAUUGUUUGACGUGUGUAUAAAAAUGUAUUGACAGGUUUGAGUUAAAUAUUUAAAUUGUGACCAUUGUAAUAGUCGUCGAGCAGUGAAGAUCAUCAAGGCAGAUAAAUACGUCAUGUAACCGUGUGGUAUUCGUUUGCUAGUCGUAUUAGGUUAUACUUUAUUUAUUAACUAUUGUAUUUAUUUGUAACGAAGACUGUUUUGUUAAAGGUGAAUUAAAACAAUUAGAUUUACAAAAACGUUUUAUUUUCAUUCAAAAUAAUUCAUAAAAAUUUAUAAAAAAAUAAUCUAUUUACAUAAGGACAUAAAUACAUGACUGAAAAUUAAUGUUUAUGAGCUAUUCAGAAUUAGAGAAAGUGACAUCGGUUUGAAAACAAAAGCUGUUUUUCAAAUUGUGAAUCAAAAAAACAUAACAUAACAUGUUUUUGUAAUUGUUGUUGUGGGUGUUGUUCAAAUCAAAUGAUAUUUCGUCAUGAUAGCUUUUCGGUGAAGAAAAACAUCGCAAGGAAACCUGCAUACAUCUGUGAAGAAAUUUAUUGGGCUAGCGUGGGGACAUUCGUGUUUUAACCGUGGUACCACGGCUUUUGUACCACAGGGGACCACGGGUAAUUUUUUUUCCCCGUAGACCCACUGCACCAAAAUGGGACUAGGGGUAAUUGAAAAGAACUGUCUUUUACCCGUGGACCACCGUUGUCAUAUUUGGAAGGUUAUAUAGGUAGGUUUAAUUAUUACAUUCUCUUACAUUUAAUUAUUACAAACGGCGUCGUCAUUUUACAAACGUGAAACGUUAUGUAAAUUGCCGUAAGCAAAUUGCAAAUUUAGUGUUUCUUCUCCAAAAACAUUGUCUUCACAACGUAACUAGACGGAGUCCCGCUUCGCGGGCUUUUCGGGCAUCUGAAGCUACCUAACGAACCUAACCUACCUACUCGUACCUACCAACCUACGCUUAAAUUGAAGUGGGUCUAUGGGGAAAUAAAUUAUCUGAGGAAUGACCCGUGGGCCCACGGAAAGUUUCGUAUUCAAAAAGAUAACUUAAAACUGGAGCAGUGAUCUACGGGGAAAAAAAAUUACCCGUGGUCCCCUGUGGUACAAAAGCCGUGGUACCACGGUUAAAACACGGGGACAUUAGGCCAAGCCCUCUCGCGCACGAGAGGAGGCCUGUGCUUAGCAGUGGGACGUUUAUAGGCUGAAUUAUUAUUAUUAUAUUUUAUAUUAUUUCUAAUUGUUAUAAUAUAAUAUGAAUUUAUUCUGAUAUUUGCUUGGAAUUAAUUCAUUUUCAUCUAUUAAAUUAGCUGCAGGUUCCCGAGUCCUUUAUAAAAGACAAAUACAAAAAUAAGAUUUUUACUUUUAUUAAAUAAGACAUGCGACUCGGUUCCAAGUUAGCUCGUUGGUCAUUUUGUGUCACAUUAUUAGAGAUGCAACGUAUAAUAUUUUGUAAUAGUUUUUGAUAUUGAUACUUUUAAAAAUUCGGAGUGCAGAAUUUUAGUUCUACUUUCGAACUCUUUUAUUAAAUGGGAAUUUAAAUUAUCAGUUCGACAUCGAAGGUUACAAAAUGGGAGUAAAGAGUGGGGUAGUACCAUGUGUGUGUGUGUGUGUGUGUGUGUGUUAUUUGGUCCAGCCGCGCCACAUGGAGGCGAGCGAGGCGG